AUGUGGUUUGUACUGGAAUUCUUGUUCAACUAUGUGGUGAUUCUUCUAUUCCUCGAGAUUUGGUCUUUGUUUCUAUUGAUCAUUUAUACCUUGGUGGCUUAUUUAUUCGUGAAACGAUUCCCGCAGUACGGUCCCGGUGUUGCAGUUUGUGUAUCUUUGUUGGUGACAAGGAAUCAGUACUCCGUGCUUGCUUUAUCAUCUGCAAGAAUGUCGAAUCAAUCAAGUGUUCUUGGUGGGAAGAUGAGAUUAAAUGACGGGAAUGAAAUGCCGAUGAUUGGCUUGGGUAUUUCGCGUAUAAAUGGUCAGCAGAGCGUUAACAGUUCAGUUCAAAAAGCUCUAGAAGCUGGAUACAGACUUUUCGAUACCGCGGAGUUGUAUGGAAAUGAAGCUGAGCUAGGAGCUGCUUUGGAGGAGUACAUGCCAAAAUAUGGGUUGCAAAGAGAGGAUAUUUUUAUAACGACAAAGGUACAAACAAAGGAUGGAAAUGCCACUAGCUGGGCUGAAGAAAAGCAUUAUGGGAUCGUUAAAAAGACUUCGGACCACGUGAGUUAUACUGACUCGAUUGUACCUGGACUUGUCCUACUCACCACAGAAUCUUGUAUAGGAACGCAAGGAUUUAUGUGCCUGUGUACAAAUGGAUACCCAGUUGAUUGCGCAAGCAUGACUGUGCACUUGUGUAUGACACGAUUCUGCUUUUAUUGCCGUCUUCUGCGUGCAAAAAUGACCAUGCUCUGCGCUCUACAGAGUAAUCCAUGUGGCUCUGUGGAGAGAAGGGAGGAGGGAGAAUUUGUAGAGCUUCUUCACCAGAGGUACCUCGAUCUGGUCCUGCUUCAUUUUCCUAGAGAUCGAUGGACUGGAAGUGAUGAUGCCCAUGAAGUCAAUAAGAAAGGCAGAAGAGAAGUUUGGCGAGUGCUGGAGCAGUUCAAAGACCGCGGUCUCGUAAAAUCGAUAGGAGUAUCUAAUUAUGAAAUAUAUCAUCUGGUGGAAUUAUUCGAAUAUGCUAAGCACAAACCCGCUGUGGAUCAGCUUGAGUUUCAUCCAUAUUUUACUCGUCGGACUCUCAUUCAUUUCUGCAUGCAAAAUCGGAUAUUUGUGCAGGGGUUCUCUUCACUGCUAUGGGGGAACAAAGAGAUUCUCAAUGAGCCUAUUGUUAAAAAAUUGGCCGAAAAGUAUGAUGUUACGCCGCAGACGAUUUUGUACGCAUUUCCUCUACGUUCCGGGAUUGGUAUCAUUCCUAAAUCUGUGACUGCUGAAAGGAUUCGCGACAAUAUAGUUAAAGUGGCGGCAACGCAGCUUACACAUGAUGAAUUGAAAUCGCUGCGAGAGCUCGAUCGGAAUGCUGCUUUUUGUCCGAGAUGUUUCCCAUGGAGAUGUCUGUAG